UCGGGUCGGAACGGGUUUCGGGUCAAACGGUUCAUUAAAAAAUAUGUAUGUGUGCAAGUGUGUUGGUUCAUAUCUGAUUUAAUAUAAGAAAAUUGAAAUAAAAUUUAACAUAAAAUACGAAAAGAUUAGCAUUUCUAAGUAACCAAAAAGUCAAAAAAGCUAAAUUCAUUGAGAGAAGCAAGUUGUAUGGUUACAUACUUGCCACGUAUAUUUCUAAUAGUCUUUAUCACACAUCCUAUCCUAUAUUUUCAAUUACCCUCAUUUUUCUCUACUCAGACUCCUUCUUAACAAUCUCUGUGACUCACAAACAACUUGUGUGAAGAACCAAAAAAUACUGUGAGAAUCCUUUUUAUAUGUUAAUUUUUGUUGGCGAUUCGUUCAAAAAAAUGUGAGAAUCGAUUUUGUGACUUUUUUGCCUCAUCAAAAUUAAAGGCGGUGGACGACGGCGGUGAACGAAGGUGAUGGACGGUGGCAAAUGGACGACAGCGGUAGAUAAAGGCUGCGGGGUCGACGACUAAGGCGUAGAUGAAGGAGGCUUAGUAUACACGUGGACACGACAAUAAUUCAGACGGAGCCAAUACCACUUACAGACAACAGACAGGUUUUAUCGGAUUAACUUUGGAGUUUUGUUAGACAAGAAAUGGGACUGCCGACUAGGCAGCAAUAUCGAAACAAAAUAGUUUUCGGUAUACCUAUUUCGGCACCAUAUCAGAAAGAGUAUAAAUCUAAUUUGAAUCAUCCAUGGAGGCAGCCACUAUCACUUACAGACGACAGACAGAGAUUCAGGCUUCAAGAGAUAUUAGUUGCCACCAACGAUUUUUCUGAUGAAAAUCUCAUUACGGAAGGUGCACUAGGAAAGGUGUACAAAGGUAAACUCUUCUGGAAUGAGAAUUGGAAGAAUUUUAUGGUACGGAAGUUAGAUUGUAGGUAUGGGCAAGGAGACGAGUUGCAGACUGAGUUUUCAAUGGUCAAGAGUCUCAAACAUAAAAAUAUCAUUUCAAUAUUGGGGUACAAUGAUGAGAGUAAUGAAAAGAUCAUCGUUUACGAGCAAGCAGUUCACGGAACUCUUGACCAACAUCUAACUGAUCCAAGUCUCACAUGGCUUCAAAGACUUAAAAUAUGUUUAGGUGUAGCACGUGCACUGAGUUACAUCCAUUAUGAUAUCAUACAUUGCGACAUCAAUAGCUCUAAAAUAUUUUUAGAUGAAGAUUGGGAACCCAAGAUAUAUGGUUUUGAACUUUCCACAAAAUAUCCUCAAAGUUGGAAGCAUCGUCUUCUCUACUCUCACUAUUUCAACACCGAUAAUUAUAUGACACCUGAAUAUGACGUUUACUCAUUUGGUGUGUUGUUGCUUGAAGUCCUUUGUGGGAGGAAACCAAUGAUUACAAAUGAUGUUAUUAAGGAAGUGAUAGAUGAGUUCAUUGAUCCUCAUUUAAGGAAACAAGCUAACGCACAAUCGUUGGCACUCUUCAAACACAUAACUGAUAAUUGCUUGAAUCGACAACUUGUGCAUCGUCCAACUAUGGAUAAGAUUGUUAAGGAACUUGAGGAUGUGUUGGAACUUCAACAAAACUCAAUCGCUCCACAUGAAGAUACAACAUUCAACAACUUGAAGGUGGAUUUUUUGAAGAUCCCACUAAUCGAAAUAAAGCGAGCCACAAAUUAUUUCCAUGACGACUACUCUAUUGGCUCUGGCGGGUAUGGUACAGUGUACAAAGCUGAACUUGAUGUUUUAGAUAUUCAAAGUUUGUCAUCUAUGGAAGGAAAGUGUAAAGAUGAGCUUCCCAAGAUAAACAAAGUUGUAGCUAUAAAACGUAUUUUACGUAGAGAAGAUGAGCAAGAUAAACAAGGAUUUUUAUCAGAAAUUAAAUUGCUUACUAGUUGUAAGCAUCCGAAUAUAGUGUCUCUUCUUGGCUUUUCUAGAGAAGAUGAUGAAAUGAUUCUUGUUUAUGAGUAUGCUUUUAAAGGAAGCCUUAGUGAUUAUUUAAGAAACAAUAAUCUUACUUGGGUUCAAAGAAUACAAAUUUGCCUUGAAAUUGCACAUGCAAUUAAUUACAUUCACACCGACAUGGAGGGAAAACCUAGGAUAAUUCAUCGAGACAUAAAGAGUGAUAACAUUUUAUUAGAUGCAAAUUUGCAUGCAAAGGUUGCCGACUUCGGGCUCUCAACAUUCCAUCCUUUGAUGCAGCAAGCUAGCACUAUCUAUACACAAAAUAUCGCUGGGACAAUGGUUUAUAUGGAUCCAGAGUAUUUGGAAACGGGUAAGUAUAAAAGGGAAUCUGAUAUUUACUCAUUUGGAGUAGUGUUAUUUGAGGUCCUAUCCGGGAGUAUGGCCUAUGACGCAAUUUACAUUGCCAAAAAUGAGACAGGCCUUGCACAUAUUGCAAGGCGGCGCUUCAACGAGGGAACAUUAAAGGAAUUGAUGGAUCCCAAAAUGAUUAAAGAAGAUGUUGAUUGUAAUUUUACAUUAAAUAGAGGACCCAAUCAAACUUCUUUCAACACAUUUUCUGAAGUUGCAUAUCGAUGUUUGGCGGAAACUCAAGCUAGGCGUCCAACCAUGAAAGUCGUCAUCAAGGAACUUCAAAAGGCACUAGAAUUGCAAGGGGAAACCAUGGUACUCUCAAAGUUUCAGCUCAGUGAUAUAGAAUUGGCUACCGAGAACUUUGCUGCAACAUACUGUAUUGGUUUAGACACAGAGAGGAAGGUGUACAAAGCUGAACUUGAUCAUUUUGGCAACAGUAUUUCGUCUUCAACUGAAGGGAUGAAUAAUGGUGAACCAUCCAAGAAGCGCAUCACCGUAGCUAUAAAAUGCAUCAUUAAUAGCGAAAGCGGGCGCGGAAAACAAGCAUUCUUUGAAGAACUUGAAAAGCGUACCAGUUAUAAGCAUCCCAACAUUGUCUCUCUUAUCGGCUUUUGUUACGAAGUUGAUAAAAUGAUCCUUGUCUACGAGCAUGCUUCUAAGAGCAGCCUUGAUGACUAUUUGAAAAGCGUUGACGGCAUGAAGAAUUAUACAUGGACCCAGCGUUUACACAUGUGCCUUGAGAUUGCACGUGGACUCAAUCACCUUCACACCAGCCCACAAAGGAUAAUCCAUGGUGACAUAAAGAGUGCCACCAUUCUGCUAGGCAUGAACCACGAGGCAAAAAUUGCUUACUAUGGGAUCUCCAAACACCGUACGAAUCAAGAGGUAGGCAUGGAAGUGUAUGCUGAUCCAGAAUAUGAAACUACAGGUAAGCUGGAAAGACAUUCUGAUGUUUACUCUUUUGGAGUUGUUCUUUUUGAAAUCUUUUGUGGGAGGGUGGCAUACAGUCCAGUUUACAUGAAAGAUAAUGAGAAAGGGCUUGCGCCCAUUGCACGCAUGUGUGUCAAUGAUGGAAGCAUAGAGAGGAUCAUAGAUCCGAAACUAAUUGAAGAAACUGAUGAUGACAUUCUCACUUCAAAUAGAAGACCCAAUAAUGAUUCUUUGAACAGAUUUUUAAAAGUUGCAUGUCAAUGUUUGGGGGAAGCUGCUAACCGUGCUACAAUGCAAAUGGUGAUCAAUGAGCUUGAGAUAGCACUGAACUUUCAUGAUAGUGAAGACUAUAAAGAAAUAAUCCAGAUGUCAAAAAACCCUGAAAUCUACUCUACCACAAAUAGAAAGGAUAUUUAUGACAUUCUCUCCAAAGGAAUCCUCAUUCAAGAGGACAAAGUGUGGUUUUCACUCGGAAGUAAGGGAGAAAGAAACGAAAUGGUAUCAGCAAGCCAAUUUUCAUUCGAAAAUCGUUGGUCACAUAAGUGGCAUUCACUUCCAGAAUCAAGAUUUGAUAAAGUGGCCGAGUUGUUGAAUAUUUCGAAUCUAAAUAUGCAAAUACAAAUAAGUAGUCGAUCUUUAUCCUUGGGUAUCAAGUAUGGUGUUCAUCUUGUCUUCAAAUUUCAUGGUGCAAGAAAAAACGUAGCUAACCGGAUGUAUGUGAACCUAACUUACAAAAUGGGAAAUGAAACUUUGCAUGCAUAUUUUGCAACAUGGAGAGAAGAUGAGUGGAUGAGUAUUGAAUUGUAUCGUUUCUUGAAUCAUAAGGAAUCAGAUACUGACUUUGAGUUUCUAAUAAAGAGCUUUUCACGAUGCUAUUGUGGAAACCGUGCAAUUUAUGUUGAAGGCAUCGAGUUGCGAGCCAUUGACAAUGAAGAAAACAUCUUAACGGAAGUCCCACAAGUCCCGCAGUCAACCUUACACAUGAAUCAGAUGCAACAGUUGCCGAUUAAUGAUUAUCCUUUGGAUAUUUGUAGCAUAUUCACUCAAACACUUUUGAAGUUGUUCAGGUGGAGGAACGAGGGGAAACAAUAUUACAUGCUUUCAGCAAAUGAGGCCUUUUGUCACUCUUUUAACGCGAAGCGUUUUCAUUGGAAGUCCACAACCAAGUCAAGAUUUCAAAAGGUGGCUGAGCUUUUAUCAACACAAGAGUUUCUUAUCAAGUGCAAGAUUGAAAGUAGAAUGUUGUUGCAAGAUACAGAAUAUAGUUGUUACCUUGUGUUCAAGCUUUCGGAGAAGUGUUCUGGGUUGCAUUGUCCAGUGAUGGUGCGAGAUCUGCAUCAGCAGAAAAAUAAACAGAUGGUGCGAGAUCUGCAUCAGCAGAAAAAUAAACAGAGUGAAGUUGUUUAUUUUAGAUCCCCGAAGCCUUGGAAUAUAGGUCGGGUUCCUCAAGAGAGGGAAGAUGGAUGGAUGGAGGUUUGUGUGUGGAAAUUCAAAUCAAAUAACGAGCUUCAAAAUGAUCGUAAUUCUAUAAAUUUGGAAUUUGAAAAUUAUGAGGGAAUGAUGUCCGGCCUUAUUGUAUGUGGCCUUGAGUUUCGCCUCAUGUAAGUUCAUCAACAGGAGAGAAUUCUUGCCCUAUUGUAUUUCUAUAUAGACAAAAUGAACUUUUGACCUUUGUUAUUGACGACUACACGAGAAUACUCUUGGUGCUC